GACGUCGCAAGGAUGUUUCGUCAUGGCAGGGCAGCAGUAACCAGUCCUGAAAGUAAAAGCAAUUGCGAAACGUAGCGGAUUUCUAUGGUCACCGUAUAACUACAAACUUCCUUUGCAACUCCGUUAAAGUGAGACAACAACCGGCUCGCAUAUAUCCACGCUCAAAAGUUACUUUUAUGAGAAGGACUACCUGUGUUGUUCCGCUGCAACAAGGUUGCUCAGUUCAGCAGCCGUUCAGACGCGACCACACCCUCCUUGCUUCCUCAUUGUACUGUAGCGGGAGCGCGCAGUUCUACUUUGAAUCUCUGGGAAUAACGGCCACUAUUUUUCUCUUUUUUCUUACUGCGCUGUUGGAUUCAGAUUCGGACCAUACCUACAAGUGAUUUAUAUGUUCACAUAACACUGGCUAGUAUGGAUAUGAGCCGUGAGCGCUCACAGAGGACAUGCGGGACUACACACACUGGAGUCCCGAGUUAAGUCGCGAAGGAGGACGUUGGAGGGCGGACUGACGGACGAUGCAUAUGGAGUCGAGAGGACCGGAACAAUUGCUAGCUUCUAACCCAGGGCUCGGUUUGAAAAAGAAGAGGUUGAAAGUGGACUGAGGGCGUUCGUUUUCGUGGACAGUCGCAUUUUCGGUGGAUUUUACUGGGGCGGGGGGGACCCAUGGAAAGAUGGUGUUGGAGGGAAACUCCAGUACUCCCGCUGAUCAGAACAGCUUGCCGGGUGGUGCCCCGUCUGUAACCAGCAUGAGAACGCCAGGCAGGUCACACUCAGUAAGAACAAGUCGGGCAAGAUCUCGGUGCUAUUUCAGGCUAAUGGCUGUGACGCAAGUGGCCACAAAAUGAUAUCCUAAUAUCAAAAAAGACUCAGAAAGGCAUCUAGUUAAUGCUGAGGCGAUGUUUUCUUUGAAAAAAAAAAAAAAAAAGAGACACCGAGGACAGACAUCUAACGUUUUCUGAAAAGAAGAGAGGCUGUUGAGCAGAGCUAAUUCACUUUAAAUGACAAGGGCCUUUUCGAUAUAUAUCUACAUCUGUAUGUCUGUACACGUGUGUGUAUAUAUAUAUAUAUAUAUAUAUAUAUAUAUAAAUAUGUCAAUGUGCACUUUGCCAUUUAGAAGGCACUUUGGUGGCACUGCAGUUUGUGUGUGAGGUUUUGUUUUUUAUUUUAAUUCAGAAACCUGUGAAUUAUUUUUUCCACAAAAAUCUGGGACUACACUCAGAAUAUUCACUUUAUGUUGUUCAGGGCAUUUAAGUUAGAAUUUUCAAAUAAGAGUAUAUAGCUUGUUACACUGAUUACUCAGAAGUUGUAGGGCUUUUUCUUGGGUGUUUUACAUUAUAAAAUUACUAACAAACCAAGGUAGAUAAUGCCAGAUAUACUCAUAUCCUUAAGUCUUAUUGUCAUAUACUUUAAAGGCUUUAGAGCAAAUUCAUUAACUAUUUGGGGCAAAUACAGUAAUUGAGUUUUGCUCUUUACACAUGUUUACAUUGAGAAUACAUGUCCUAUGUGUUAACAUGUAACUUACAGUUAAUAACCUAAACUCUGAAGGAAUUUAAGGAAGACUGUUUGGCCAGUUUUUAUUUAAAAGUUGAGGUUUAUUUGGGAAGUGUUUUAAACAGUAAAAUGCAGUGUAGGAGCAGAAAACUAAAUAUCUGAAUCCCUUCAGAAGAGCAGUUUGACCCCUGCCUCUGAUUCCCUUAUUAUGGCUAGUGGUGGCUCUGGCAAAUCAGCAAGUGAGGGAUCGACCAGCACACCCGGUGGAAGUUUGCAGCAGAGGAAGCGUCUCUCCUCCAUCUGUGACACAUGUAAGGGCAAGAUGCAGCUUGUGGCUGACCUCCUCCUGCUGUCCAGCGAGACCAGGCCGGUCAUGACGUCUGAAGGUGUGGUUGUGGCUGACACCUUUGAGCAGUGUCGCGACACAGUCAUUGCUCGCACUAAAGAGCUCUCCAUUCUUACCCACGACAUCCAGAGCCAGCUCAACAUGGGCCGCUUCACAGAGGUAGGGGACCGCCUUCUGGAGAUGGCUGACCUUGUGGUGUCUUUGACUGAGUGCUCAGCCCAUGCCGCCUACCUGGCGUCCGUGGAGACCCCUGGCUCCCAACCCUGCCUUCCUGGUCUGGUGGACCGCUACAAGGUGACCCGCUGCCGACAUGAAGUGGAGCAGAGCUGCAGCAUCCUUCGAGUCACUCCCCUGCCAGACCUCACCCCACAGCUCCUCCUCGAGCUUUCUCAGAAUAUCUCCACCAACCUCAAGACUCUGACAGACAUCUCAUCACUGGCCAGUGAGAGGUCCAGGGACCGCUUUGCAAAAGAGCAGUUCAAGCUGAGCGUCAAGAGCAUGAGCACGAGCGGCACGGCCUUCCUGGCGUGUGUGAAGGAGGUGAAAACCCAGCCCAGCGAGCUGACCAGGAACCGAUGCGUCCUCUUCAGCGCUGCUCUGGUCCAGGCUGUCAGCGCCCUGGUUGGGUUUGCCACAGAGCCACAGUUCCUCGGAAAAGCCGCUAGCAUCUCUGCUGAAGGGAAGGGAGUCCAAACUGCAGUGUUAGGUGGGGCCAUGAGUGUGGUUUCUGCCUGUGUCCUUCUCACUCAGGGCCUCAGGGACGUUGCCCAACAUCCCGAGAGCAGCUCCAAAAUGGCAGACUACCGUGAGCGUCUGCGUAACUCGGCAUGUGCUGUGUCAGAUGGUUGCACUCUGCUUACUCAGGCACUCAGAGAACGCUCCUCUCCAAGGACUCUGCCGCCAGUCAACUCCCAUUCUGUGAAUUAGUAUAGGAAGAGGCAACGUGGGUUCAGUCGCUCUUUUUUUUUUUUUGUGAUGCACCAAAGAGAUUCACUUGGGUUAAUCCCUACUCAUCAGGUGUAGAGCAACAUCAGAAUAAGACAGUGUGUGGGCCUGUUCUUAUGGUUAGUGUGUGUGUGUGUGUGUGUGUGUGUGUGUGUGUGUGUGUGUGUGUGUGUGUGUGUGUGUGUGUGUGUGUGUGUGCAGAAUGCAGAAAAGCACUAAAAGAACCACUGCAGGGUUUUGGGGGUUGCGCUGGAUGUAACCUAACUUAACCCUAGCUUAAAAUGGACCACUUGACCCAGUCUGGGGACUGAUCUGGGCUCAGCAGACAGCCCGCUCUCACCAACAGACAGCAGCUUUCAAACCUGAAAAGUUUACCUCAGUUUUCAGCUCCAGUGAAAACACCAGCCUCAAUAAUGGAUGUAGCCUUGCAGUGUGAACCUAUUAUUGGCUGACCUGCUUAAUUACAUGUGCUUUGUGAGAUUGGAAAGAAUUAGCUGAGUUGAGUGUCUAGAAGCUUUUAUUUUUUUCCAAUGAGUGUGAAUUCUUAUUUUUUUAGUUUUAUUUUUUUUUUUAAAGCUGCUGUGAGUGUGUGCCAUAGGUUUUACACUAUCUACCAGACUUCCCCAUAGUAUUUUCAAGUGUUUUGACCAUGCAUGUAAUGGAGUAUUUAUUUCAUCUAUUAAAAAGGUUGUUUCUGAUAUGCUGUUGUGGGCUAAGGUGCUUUUAAAAAGCCAUCUAUUCACUUAAACGUGAAGGGAAAAACAUUUUGUUUUAUUUAAUGGUCAGCAGAAAAGUAACUCCUUUGAUUGCAAAAAGAAGUCCAAUUGUAUAGAAAUCUAUGAGACAUUUCAAGUCUUAUAAACCUGAUGAUCAUUUUGUAAAUUAUGGUCUCCAUUAGAGUCAAAAAGAAGGCAAAAGCCAGGUAUGAUUUACUGUGAUUGACAAGUUGCUUGGCCAAGGGUAGCCUUGAACGGAAAGCUAGACUGUUUUUAAUCACCCAAAUCAAAUAUUGACCCUUUGACAAUGUCUACAUCUAUGAGUGAAAGAAAUAUAAAUUUUUAGAAGACUCAUGAUGAAUUAAAAAAUUUUAUUUCUCUUCUGUAUUACCCAUGUACUGCUUUUACCUAUUUAGCAAACUCAGACUUUUAAUAUUAUUGCAGACUUGCAUCUCUAAAAAAACGUUUUAGACUACUGUUUUCUAUUAUGUUGUGCAUGAAUACGUUUGUUACUGUUCUGUUUUAAUCAGGUGUCUGUAACUAACCUAUGUUAAUGAACUGUAAAUUUGACAUAUUUAUGAGUCUCAUUUAGCCUGAAUUGAACAAUUAAUACAUUUGGCUCUGUUUGAAACCAUCAAAGUUUGGCAUAUAUCUCAUAUUAAAAUACACUGCACACAGGGCAAAUGUUCACACAUCAGCUGAGCUUUGUAAUGCACUGGACUCGUUCCAGUCACCUUCACAUAGUGCUUGCUUUUACUGACUUUUAUGCAGGUUGAUUUGUUAUCAGAUUGAGAUGAUCCACAGGUCAGUCCCGGCCCACAGGAUACAGUUGGCCAUGUGUGCUCUAUCCUUUGAGGUGCUUGUCAUCACAGUGGUUCUUCACUAACCAAUUGGUGACUCCAUGAUGGAUACAUCCAGCUUUAAUAUACUGUAUAUAGUGAGGACACUAAUGGGUCUGAUGUGUGCAUUUUUCCUGAGCAGCCCUCAAUCAUAUGCCAUCUGUCCUCAAAGCUUUUAGAGCCUUUGCUCUAGUGGUUUCUGAUAAAACCGGCCAUCUGUGACAUUUCUGCUUCUACACCUAUGAAGGUUUUUGUGGUAUUCACAGCAUUAAAAUAUCCUGAAAAAGGGUUGAUAUUUUAUUAUUGGCCAAAAAAUAUGCUGCUCAAAAAAUUCAGGGAAUCACAUGUGAUCUUGAAUGAAAUAUUGAAACUGAAAAUCUAUACUGACAUACAUUUAUUGAGAAUAAAAUCAUGUAAAUCAUGUAAUAGUAAUAUGUACACACAACCAAAAUCACCUACCCUUUGGGGGUUCAGUUCAGUUUAAAAAUUGAAGUUACAGAGAAACAGGUCCCACACAUUUACUUCAAGACAAAACUACAUAAUACAGUACAGAAUAGAAUUACCAAAGGUUAAAACCAUCAUCUUGCAACUGACUAAAAUUUCAGUCAGUUUGGGCUACUGAUGAGAAUCGAGAACCGGUUCUACUUUUUCUAUUGUAAAUUGUUCAGUGGAAUUUUUGCCUCCAAGCUUAUUAAUUCCUUUAAUCAUUGCAUAUUUUUCUGAUAGUUGCACACUGCUGAACAGUGAGGUCAAAUUCAGCAGUGGAGCUUUUGCAAAUGUGUCCCAUGCAAGCCUUCUUCAUACAUGUGAUCCACAUAUAGUAAGAUGCUGAAAACUCUGUAGGCCUGCUUUUUGUAGACAGAAAUCUGAUAGGCUGCAAUGAGGGAAACAAUAUUUGAUGAAUUGGAUUUAUAAUAAAAUCUGAUAUUACAUAAUG